UAGAAGCACUGCCCUAAGCUUCCAUACUUAUACCAGCAAGCUACGGCCAUGGAGGUGAUCUAGCGCCGGCAACCUCCUCUGUCCACUUCGUACCUCCUCUGUCCACUUCGUUUUCCUCUUCUUCUCCGCAGAUGGCAGAUGUGGCGGUUGGUUCUGCGCUGGACCUAAAUGAGUCUCAAGUGAAGCUCUUCAAUCGCUGGUCUUUCGAUGACGUUCAGGUCAGUGACCUUUCUUUGGUUGAUUACAUUGCGGUGGUUCCAGCCAAGCAUGCUACCUAUGUACCUCACACUGCUGGAAGGUACUCCGUAAAGCGAUUCAGGAAAGCCCAAUGCCCAAUAGUAGAAAGACUAACAAACUCUCUGAUGAUGCACGGGCGAAACAAUGGGAAAAAGCUGAUGGCUGUUCGGAUCGUUAAACAUGCUAUGGAAAUUAUCCAUCUGCUGACUGAACAAAAUCCCAUCCAAACUAUUGUUGAUGCUGUGGUCAACAGUGGACCAAGGGAAGAUGCUACUCGAAUUGGUUCAGCCGGUGUUGUUAGGCGUCAAGCUGUUGACAUCUCUCCAUUGCGUCGUGUUAAUCAGGCAAUAUAUCUCCUGACUACUGGUGCUCGGGAGUCUGCUUUCAGGAACAUAAAAACCAUUGCUGAAUGUUUGGCAGAUGAACUCAUUAAUGCUGCCAAGGGAUCAUCAAACAGGUUCUUCUCGGGAAAUACUACAAUAAUGUUAUUGUUGUGCCAUUUUUUCCAAAGAUUAUUUUGCUCUUCCCCCUUUCCUGUUCAGUCUGCUUUCCUUGCUCUGCUUUUAUUUUUGCCUGAUAAUCUUUCUUUAUGUUUUUCAGCUAUGCAAUCAAGAAGAAAGACGAGAUUGAACGAGUUGCCAAGGCCAACCGUUGAGAUUGUGGUAGACUAAUACCCGAAGAUGGAUCGCUGGACCUCUUAAUAUUAGUUUGUUCAAUAUUAAUUUUAUAGACAUUUGAGUGUGGACGCCAGUGGUUGUCAACCAUCCAAGAGUUCCAUUUGGGUCAUUUUUGUUUUGCAUAGUUCUCAUUUUUGAGUUUCAGAAGACAUCAGUAAACGUUUAUGUAAGAUUAAGCACCACCCUGUGUUGCCCUCAAAUGUGCUUCAUUAUACAUUACAAAAGUUUUCAGCCUGUA